AUGAGACAAUUAAAAUACCAUGAACAGAAACUAUUAAAAAAAGUUAAUUUAUAUUCUUGGAAACGUGAGUAUAAUGAAAGGGAGACAAAAAUAGCUCGUCGUUACUAUAUACAGGAUAGAGAGGAUUAUGUUAAGUACAAUAGGUUAUGUGGAUAUAUUACAAAACUUGUUAGUGGUUUAAGAAAGUUAGAUCCUAAUGAUGAAUUUAGAAUUAAGGCAACUAGUGAAUUAUUAAAUAAAUUAUAUCAUAUGGGAGUAAUUUCAUCUCGAAUGAGUUUAGAAGUUAUCGAACAUUUACCAGCUUCAGCAUUUUGUAGAAGGAGAUUAGCUGUAGUUUUAGUUCAACUGAAAUUCUGUCCAGAUUUAAAAGAUGCUGUAACUUUUAUUGAGCAGGGACAUAUUAGAAUAGGUCCAAAUGUAAUUUAUGAUCCAGCAUAUCAUGUAUCUAGAGAUAUAGAAGAUUUUAUAACUUGGUCUCAAGGAUCUAAGAUUAAAAGAGCUAUAGAUAAAUUUAAUAAUACCUUAGAUGAUUUUGAAUUAUUAGGUAAUUAG